AUGCGCUUACUAUUGAAAGCUUUUGAUUUUUAUUUACUGGCUUUCUUCGCUGCAAUUGUUUCGUCGACACUUUUGAGUAAUCGAAUCCAGUCGAAUUCAACGCAAAAUCGCGAUGAGUGUCCGAAUUUGCACACGAGAACCGAGGGCUUUAAUUUGGUGUGUUGCAACAGUGCCACUCCACCCUUCGAACACUAUUCACCGAUUGGACUUUGCGAGAGUGACGAGUGCGAGUGUAGCCUUCAGAUCGGCGAGUUGAGCUGCGGAAAAGAGUCCUGCAACCCAUCAAUCUUCCCGAAUCUUCAAUUACCCUAUUUUGUGACAAUCGACAAAUGGAAUAGUGAAACAGAAGGAUUUCUGAAUGCUUUAUGUUCUCUAAAUGUUGUUUCGAUUACUUUUUUUGAUGUUGGAACGAAAGCUUUGAAUUUGGGUGGAUGUUUUCGAAGAUUGGAGACUGUCGAAUUCUCGUUUCACUCAAGAAAAUUCGUCAAAAUUGUCGAGUUUUUAAGAGAUGCGAAACGUUUAAAGUAUCUCCGUUUGUUAAAUGUGGAUUUCAAUUUUGCGGAUAAAAUUUUCCCAUCAUUGCUCACAUUGGAAACUUUACACAUCGAGAACUCGAGUCUUACGCAAUUGCCAAGAGAAAUCAUUAAGAAUGAGAAAUUGACAAGGAUCACGAUAAAAGGCACCGAGCUUCGUUCGGUGUCCGCAAUCUCUCAGCUUCACUCCCUUCAAUCGGCUCAUCUAUCGUCAAAUCUCAUCGAUGAUCUGCAAAAUGUGGUCUUUGUGAGCGCACAAUUGAAAGAUCUCGAUUUGAAUUGGAAUCAGCUCACCGCUUUCUCCACUCAUUCCUUCUCUCGUUGUGUCGAUUUACGAGUUCUCGAUUUGUCCCAAAAUCCCUUGACAUCAAUUCCACCGAAAGCUUUCGCGAACAAUCGACGUUUAAAAUAUCUCAAGCUCAGCUACACAAGGAUUUCGGUGUUGACAGCAACAUCGCUCACCGGGAUGCCAUUAUUGCGAUCUUUGUCUCUCGAUCACACUCCAAUUCACUCCAUUCAUCCAUUGGCUUUUGUUUCACUCAAGUCUUUAAAGAGCCUCGACUUAGAAUCCGCAAAUCUAUCGAAAAUCCCGGUGGCGGUCACUCAAUUGUGCCACCUUACACACCUCAAUUUGGGAUACAACUUGUUGCAUUCAUCCUCCUCAUUUCCACCAGAAGUCCUCGUGCAACUCUCCUCGCUUUCCGAUUUGCGUUUGGAUGGAAAUCCGUUGAAAGAAUUCCCAGCCAGUGUCCUAUUGCUCUCAACAGCGAAUGUGCGAUUGAUGAGACAGAUCGUUCACACUCUGACGGCACUUCCCGUUUGGACGAGUGAUCGAUGUACUCCGUACUAUUUCAUGAUGCAUUUCAAAAAUAGCUCAUCAUCACUCCGUAAUUUGGUCUCGGCUUGGUCGGAGGAACGAAUGAAUGUCGAGGGUUUAGGCUAUUGCCGAGAAAGAUACGAAUGGAUAAGGGAUAACGAUGAUUUGUAUGCGGAAUUGGAGAAAAAUUCGGGCAAAAUGAGAUUUUUGUUGGGUGUACUGUUUUGCCUUGUUGCUGUCGAGGCGUUAAAUCGAUACAAUGUCCGGGGAUGCUACAAGAAAAGUGGAAAAGUUUACGAGCACAAACAUCGACCCCGUGUUUACGAGGAUCGACUCUGGGACCACCACAAGGUGCCAUUGGCCUGGGAUUGGAGAAACGUUGACGGUGUGAAUUACGCGUCGGCUGAUCGCAAUCAGCACAUUCCUCAAUAUUGUGGCUCGUGUUGGGCACAUGGUGCCACCUCGGCGAUGGCUGAUCGCAUCAAUAUCAAGCGCAAAAACGCCUGGCCAACAGCUUUCCUUUCGAUUCAGGAGGUGAUCGAUUGUGGCGGUGCCGGAUCUUGUGAGGGUGGAGAAGCUGGAGCAGUUUAUGAAUACGCAAAGAAAAAUGGGAUCCCGCACGAGACAUGCAAUAAUUAUCAAGCACGAGAUGGAGAAUGCAAUCCAUACAAUCGAUGUGGAUCAUGCUGGCCUGGGAAUUGUUUCGCUAUUCAGAACUACACUCUUUACAAGGCAAAAGAGUACGGAGGAGUGAAAGGAUUGAAAGCGAUGAAAGCUGAGAUUUGGAAGCAUGGACCAAUCGCUUGUGGAAUCGCGGCAACAAAGAAAUUUGAGGAUUACGCUGGAGGAAUCUAUAAGGAGGUGACUGACGAGGAUAUCGACCAUAUCAUUUCAAUUCACGGAUGGGGUGUCGAUCAUGACUCGGGCGUUCCAUUCUGGAUUGGACGAAACUCAUGGGGACAACCAUGGGGAGAACAAGGAUGGUUCCGAAUCGUCACCUCUGAAUUCAAGAACGCUGGCAGCAAGUACAACUUAAAGGUUGAAGAGGAUUGCGUUUGGGUGGAUCCGAUUGUC